AACGAUGCGUCAGUUAAGUAAUGGCUCCCGUGUUGAUCGCGUCGCUGCCUCGUUCUCUCGCAACCUGUGUUAGAUAUGGUCAGGGGAAAAGUAAAAUAUGCUGGAGCCUGAGCAGCAGGCCUAUCGGUGCCCUGGGCAUCCGUUACAAGUCAACGCCGGCAGCGGCCUCGUUGGUGAACGAGAACGCUGCCGUGGACACAGCCUCCCAAGAUGACAAAGAUAAGGACCCCCUCGACCUGACCUUCUGUGAUUACCGAAACGCCUUUAAGAGCAAGACGAAUUCCGAAUUGUUGCGCGCCCUGUUGGUCUUCCACUUGUGCAGCAUACAGCCCUGGUCGAUAACAAUGCGAAGGUUCGUGCCUGUCCCUCGUCAGGGCUCCUGCGGACGAAGCGAACUUCUACAUGUCACAUUACUGUAUCGAUGA